AAAUGGGUUCUCAUGGUAAACUAGAAACUGAAAAAUUAAGAAAAAAUUUAGAGGCACAAUUGGAUAGGCUGGUGCAACAAUUGGAAGACAUAAAAGAAAAUCGAAGUUCAUUAGAUGCAGAAGCUUAUGAGGAAGCUAUGCAACUCACAAAAGAGGAUUUACAGGAAUUCAAUGAAAGUUUACAAAGAAUGAUAUCUGGUGAUACCACAUUGGUUGAUGAAUUGGGUGCAAUACAAUUGGCAAUUCAGGCAGCAAUUGGUGAAGCAUUUAAAACUCCUGCUGUUAUCAGAAUGUUUGGAAAACGAGAGACAUCACAACUUAGAGACCGUUUAGUUCAAAUUGAUUGUGAUACAAAACUUGGAAAACUAAGUAAAGAAGCUAGUGAUCAUCAACGUAAAGGGGUAUUAAAUGCUUUGAGGCAGCUUGGAGAGAAAUUGGAACCUCAAGAAUUACAGUUAUUGGAAAAAUUGAUGUUUAGUAAUAUUGAUACAACAAGUUAUGUACAAGUGACUGAAAAUACAGAAAAGGGACAAAUGGCUAUGGCAGUAGUAGGUAAUGAAAUUAGAACACAAAAUGUUUAA